GGGCACUCUCUGUCAUACCCACAUCAGCCCAUCUAGGUGUCUAUCAGGUGGCACGCAUCUCUCUUCUCUUGCCAACUCGAAAGCCUCCCGACAAAAGCAUUCCAACUCUCUAUCUAUUCGUCGGCAGCGUCGGCGACAUUCCAGCAUUCCUUGGACUGCCUGUAUCGCCACCCUCUGCCGAGCGCUAGUCCUGCGCGACCUACCUACGCGCGGCCCAGCCCGACCUAUCCUGCCAUCAAUGGGAGCCCAUAAUCUCUGACGGCGCAAUGGCGGUCUCGAGGGAGCUCGCCUUCGAAUGGGAGUGUGGCCAUUGCACCGACCUCACGUUCAGCUUCCCAGACGAUAUCAAGAAGGCCUUCAUCGAGGCGCGCACCAAGCCCUGGGAGUCUCGCAUCAAGAACUACUGGGCUUGGUAUCACGAAAAGCCAGAGUCAACCCUCCUCUCUGCUCAGGACAAGCUCGAUAUGCAGCGUCACUUGAGUCGCACCUUCAGCAUCGAGCCACAAGCGGGCGACGGCUUCUUUGUCCGACGCCUCAAGCGCCUGAUCGGCAAUCAGCGCCUCGAGUCGGAGCGGAGACGCCGCAUCGGAACCGGAUUCCACGGCUUCACCUCCCUGCCGGCCGAGCUCCGCACCAUGAUCUACAGACAUGCUCUCGUAUCGCCCAACGGCAAAUUCGCCAUGCCUCCGAAGCGGGACGGAAAAUUCGAGAAGAUCCAAAAGCAUCACAUAACCUACUCGGCGGAUAGGUUUGCCACACGGUAUUAGCUGGAAGACCAAUCCCUCCUCGCACUAGGCUUACUUCUCUGUGUCAGCAAGGCUGUACAGUCGGAAGCCGAGGCCAUCUUCUUUGGAGAAAACAAUAUUGUUUUCCUAAACAAUUCGGCCACAGCAUCCGCAGAUGACUCAGAGUGGUGGGCACGCUCGCUGUCCCGGGUGGGCC